GAGUCGCCGCUGACGAGUGCGAAAAAUAAAGCGCCAAUUACCAGUGGCGCAGUUUCUGAAAUUUUUGGACAAAAAUUUUAUGAACCGCGUUUUUUUCCCCCAAUCCUCAAAACACCAAAAUCCCUCAUCACUCACCUCACCCUCUCUCACUCACCUCCCUCAUCACUCUCACUCUCGAUCUCUCUCCCUCAAAAAUAACCCCCCUCUCACUCGAUCUCUCUCCUGCUGCUCACCUCCCUGUUCGCCGAGGCCUCAAACCGAAGGGUCCACAUCACGGACGAUCUCGACGACGUCGUCGACGACGAGGAGGACGACGCCUGGAAGCAAUGGGGCAAGAAAUCGACGCCCUCGCCGGAGCUCGAUCUCCGUCCCUCCGAUUUGUCGACCAUGUCGGCGCCGGAGAUCCAGGCCGAGAUGAUGAAGCGGCAUUCCGGGCUCGCUUUCGGAUUCGUUAAGCUCCGACCGGGCGUUCGCCGGUCCCGGGUAAUGAAAAGUUUGGUUCUUGAUUGGAUUGAAGCUGAAAUGUGAACUGGGUUUGUGAUUUUUGAGGGACUUGGACAUAAACCAAAUACCAUCAGGAGGAGCAGAAGAAGAAUGGAUGACGAUGAAUAUGGAUGAUGAAGAGGAAAGCAGCAACGGAGGCCCUCCCCGCAAGAAACUCCGCCUCACCAAGGAACAAUCUCGUCUCCUUGAAGAAAGUUUCAGACAAAACCACACCUUAAACCCUAAACAGAAAGAGGCUUUGGCUAUGCAAUUGAAGCUGAGGCCACGGCAAGUUGAGGUGUGGUUUCAGAACCGUAGGGCCAGGAAGCUGAGCUCGCUAGAGAGAAGACAAAUGGAUUAAUGGAUUAAUGGUUUUUUUAUGUCCCUAUUUUCAUUAGACCUCUUUAAACUUUAAAUUUUUGCAAUUUUUGUGUUAAUUUUUGGGUUUUGUUUGAUGUGUUUGUAUCCAUUGUGAAUUUGGGGUUGGAUUAGUGACUGUAUUCUUUCGAUUUUUUGGUAGUGCGGUUUCAGUUUACCCUUGGUUUGAUUGCCGAGAAAGUG